AUUGUGUGUCACCCUAUGGGACUCCCAGUCACGGCCGGUUGUGACACAGCCUGGGAUCGAACCCGGGUCUGUAGUACUGAGAUGCAGUGCCAUAGAACGCUGUGCCACUCGAGAGGCCGCAUACGACUUUCUAAACAGGAUGGUCACCCUGCCUUUCUCAGUGCCUGAGAUGUUCCCUGACUCCAAAUGCAGAGCCUUUAAAACCUUCACUGACAGCCAUCUAGAGUCUGACUGGUGGAAAGUUAUUAAGAGAGGAAAACACAGGGCUGGGAAGCUUGAUGACAACCUUGUGCCGUUCACUGGAAAGGGUCAAAGCGAGACAGAGACACUAGAAAAAGGCGUCCGUUGGGAGAUCUGUGCCAAGAGAGUCAAGGCGCUAACAAAUGAGGCAUGACACGUCAUGUAUACCAAAUGCAACCCUCUUCAUGUUUAUCUUAUGGCAAACCAUGUGCAUAUGAAAGGGAUAAUAAACUCUGCAGGGGUGACAGUCAUCGUCAUGGAUGCAAUGAAUUACGGGGGCCUCUCCAAAGCUAAAGACCUUGCUGCCUGGGUGGUGAUGGCCAACCUUUGGCCCUGCCGUCUGAGCUGGAUCCUGCAAUGCUCAGAGGACCACCAGCAGAGGGCUGACACUGAUGGCGCUGAUGGUGAUAUCAUCCAGGCCAAGACCUUAUGGGAGGUGUUCACUGAGACCAGUCUGGAGCCCCACAUGCUCAGAGAUCACCUGGAGACCGAAAGGUUCCUUAAGGUAUACUUCCAGUGUUGAUCCGUCCAGACUGUGUACAGUCAACCUGGACCAAUCCAUUAAAGUAAAAGUGGCUUGGGUUAGAGCAGGAACCAGCCUGAGAGACAGGGCCAAGUCAGAGCCAUCUGCGGAUUGGAACAGUAAUCAGUAUGCGCAGACGACAUCUGCAAAGAGGAGGAGCCCAGGGGCUGCUACCAGAGCAGGUACACCCAGUGAGGGUCGGGAGAGACCAUGGACCUGAGUGAGAGGAGGCCCAACAAGUGGUGGACAGAGUCGGACACCUUCGCCAUGCUGGCCCUCAUCGAGCAGCUUGACCUGGUGCAUGAGCUGGAUAAGAAGCGCCAGCGCAACGACUCGCACUUCCGCCGCCUGCGCUACAGCCUGGCCAAGCGGGACAUCCACUUCACUGUCAACCAGAUACGCAACCGCUGGAAGAGCCUCAAGCACAAGUACCGCAAGAUCAAGAUGGCAGGAUACCGUAGCGCCGCUGCACGCCUGUCCACCAUCGAGUCAUUCCGUUACUUUCGUAUGCUGGACCGCAUGCUGGCCAGGAGGGCCCGGGUGGGGGCCCCAGUGCAAGGCAUUGCAGAUGGACACAAUAUGGUGGUGUUGACCCCUUCAGACCUGGAGGAUCAUACGGAUGGUGAUGUUGCUCAGCCCGAAUCUGCGGCCCCUUGGCAGGACAGCCUGGCUCCAGCUCUAGAGGGAGAAGCAGACGAGACCAAUGCCAUCCCAAUAGAGGUCAACGCCAGCACGCCGGGCUGGGCCUUGAAGUCAGACGAGAUAAUGACUUUGGGUCUGUCUGGAGAGUAUCUUUACCCAGUGAAGAGAGAGCCACAUUCAGUACCCUCUUUACAUGAUGGUGAGGGAGCUAGGGACACCACUGGUUGCAGUCCACAAGAACAAACUGGCACUUGUGAGGACACCAGCACCCUGAUCCUCCAGCAGCUCACCAUCCUGAACCAUCAGCUAGGGGAACAACUCGCUGAGCAAAGGGCCUUCCACUGCAGCAUGCUGGGUAUGAUGGACCGACAGAUAGAGGUCCUGGAGCAGCUCUCCAACUUCUCCACAGGCCGCCAGGUCAAGGCCGAACCCGAUGACAGUAACACUCCUAUCAGCCAGCAGGUCCACAACUCCCUGGUGCGCAUCUUGAGAGGAGUGGAACAGGUCCAAACCCAAGGACACCAGCAAUGCUCAUGCAAGGCCUACCCCUCACAGCCUACAUCUCCCUCCUGGACAGUCUCUCUGUUGGAGGUCCAGAAUGAAUCACCCUCCAGGGAUGAGAACUCAACUAGUGACACAUCCAACCCUCAGCCCUCAGACCAUGGGCGUCCUGAACCUCAAGGACCAUCCCCCUCAGAGCAGCUUCCCACUUCCGCACAGAAGGGUGUUUUGCUUAACGGACUCUCAAACAAGUUCCAGCACAACUGAGUGCUCUUGAAGCUUCAAUCUGACAGAGGAGAGCAUACACUCUUAGGAAAAAUGGUUCCAAAAGGGUUCUUCAGUUGUCCCCAUAGGAGAACCCUUUUAGGAUCCAGGUAGAAUCAUUUUUGGUUUCAGGUAAAAUAUGUUUUUUUCCAUGUAGAACCCUCUGAAAAGGGUUCUACAUGGAACCUAAAAAUGGUUCUACCUGAAACCAAAAAAAAAGGUUAUUCAAAGGGUUAUCCUAUGGGGACAGCUGAAGAAUUGUUUCAGGUUCUGGAUAUAAACUUUUUCUUUCUAAGAGUGUUGAAUAAAAAUAUAUGGGUGCUUACAUUUAUGAGGGACUUGUCAUUUUGAGAAUGUAUUGUGGGAAAAAAAGGUGUUUGUUUUUUAUUCCAACUUCUCUCUUCAGUUUAAUUUUGUCAUGUCCAAAUGUUUUAAUGUACAGAAGUGAAUAAUCUGAUGUUUUAAUCAGAUAUAUUUUAAAGUCUACAAUCUAGAGAAUUUUGACAAACCUUAGCAUUUUCACUAGUCAAGAAGAGAGAUUCCAAUUCGCCAGCAAUCAUCCACUCUAACUUCCCCAAAUUAUGUUUAAAUGUAUGUUUUCUUAACUCAUACACAUUUAUGUGGAAGCUGGUCAAGCAAAGGCUUUAUCCAAAUAUCUCCUCUUUUCUAAAUGUUCCUUUUCCUAAACAUAUUGGAUAUUUUGGUGACUUCAUUUCUAUAUUGAAGACUUGUUUUAAACAGGGGCUUUGUAGAACUCCAUUUGCACAGCUGUUUGCAUAGUCGUGGAUACACAUGGCUGCUUUAAUUUAGGCCAGUGAAUGUGUUUUACUUUGCUUUAGCUUUGCUGAAGAUGAGAGGUACUGUAGUGUGUAAGUGCAAUAUGGUAAUGAAGUCUACAUUUGAAAUCUCACAAGAGAUUCAUCCCACAUCAUCCAUCACUUAAUUUGUAUCUUGGAAUUGUAUUACUACAUCUUGGCAGUACUGCAAUUUGGCAUGUUUUGCUUGUAAUUUGUUUCCUGUCUUAAGCAAUAAUUUUGCUAGGACUGUUUGGGAGUGGGGAGGGGAAAACUGAAAAUGAGCUGUUAUUGGCAGAGAGGUUUGGAAUUUGUGCUGCGUUCAGUACAUUUUUACGUUCUGGAACAUUCAAUUGAAUGAAAAUGAUGCUGUACUGAAUGACUAGUCAAAAACUGGGAGGGGUUGGGGAACCCUGUCAACAUGGCCAAUUUCAGGCAGUCUUUUCAAACAGCUCUUACAUUAAAAGCAUUAUCAUGAUUUUCACAAUUUCACAGUAUUAUUCCAACCUCAUAGUGUGAAAAUAUAUAUUAGACACCGGAAAAUCACGUUUUUGACCUCACUGCGACUUUUCUCUCAAAGUUAUUUUAAUACAUGACUUCCAGCUUCAAUCAGAACUUGUAUCAAGUCCAUUGAUAUUGAUUAUUUAGUGUAAUGUAUUUGAUGCACCUUGACAUUAAACCUAAUCCAAAUGAGAACAAUAACAAGAGGCAUACUUGUGAUGAUAGUCUUAUUUAUGGACUGAAACGUGCCUGAAAAUGUUAUUUGAUACUAUUGUAUUUUUAAAAGUGAAGAAUUAAAUAUUCACUGUAAUGGAAGGACUGGUUUCAUUUAUGAAUUGCAAAUCUAAUCAGUAGCUUUAGCCAUUGUGGAAUUAGAAAUGAAUGUUGCAAUGUACAUUGUAGGUUUACUUCAAAAGGAAAAUAUGAUGUACAUUUAUUUCAAAUGCAAGCUUUUUUUGCGGAUCAAUUAUUUGAGCUCCCUUUUUCAGCAUCAGACACUCCAAGAUCUCCAAACUGUUUUGUAGUAUACUCUAAUAACUCAAAGCAAUACCAGAUCCCAGAAUACCAAUAUACCUUUAUCAUAACAUUGAAGCUGUAACAAAAAGUAGCCUAAAAUGAGAAAAUAUUCAAUAAAACAUGAAUUGUGUUUC